GACUGUGUGACUAAUUCCCGAAGUCUGCUGCUCCCUUCCUAACCCGCGUCGCGAACUCCUCGCCGGAGAAGGAGAGGAGCUCGCCAGAAAAGUCCAUGGGGCCACCGCAGCCAGCCAAGGGCAUCAUCAGCAUAGAGGCCUGCGCUCGGCCGAUCGCUGUCGACCACCGCAUCAGCCUCCCUUACUACUUCCGCAUCGCGGGCACCCUCCUCCGACAGGCUAAGAUUUAUCGAGAUGAGAAGAAUAUCCUUGACCUGUAUGUCAUCCUCCUGAGAUACACGAGCUUGCUGUGUGAGACAAUCCCCAAGCACCGCGAUUACCCCGUAUUCAAGUCGAGGGAAGCAGAGUUUGUCAGGAAUGCUAACUCCUCUACACUCAUCGAUGUUGUCAAUGAGCUUGAGUCUCUGAAGCCAGUUGUGAAGCAGCAGAUCUUUGAGCAUAAUAGAAGAGGUACACCAGAAGCUGAUGGUCUGAAUGGAACCCACUCUGCAAAUCAUAGAACAGAGAAGCAUCCACCGACUACAUAUUCCACACAGCCAUUUGUAGGAAGCAAUAACAGAUCAUUACAAAAAUUCUCCCCAGAUGGGAGACAUAAUAUGGCAGCAUUACCGAGUGCCCAAACUGAUAGGCAGAUCCGCAAGCAAUUUUCAAAUCUGCCUCUUCCAAAAGAAGAAACACUGGCAAGACACUCGAUAUUUGGACCUAAUGGGCUUCAUGGACAAUGGACUGGGCCUGUUGCUGCAAUCAAGGUCCAGUAUCCAAGCAAUCUUGAGUUUACACAAAGUGACAUGACAAGUCUAGUGCCAGCUAUGUUGAACCAAGAUGGUCUGCAUGGUCCCAGUGUCACAUAUCCUGAUAGCACUAGAAAGGAUGAUGAUGAUAUGAAAUCUGUGCUAUCUCUUGAUGAUGGUCGAUGGUCUGCACCCACAGAAGAAUGCACCUCAGCGCCUUCUGUUAGUCUGGAGGGAGAAUUGUCCCAAUUGAAUAUCAGACAGCCUUCACCCCCACCUGUCCUGGCGGAGGUACAUCCUGAGCGUAGACCAAUUUCUCCAUCAAGAGUUGCUGAUCCAACACCCGGGCUUGCUGUAUCAGAAACCGGUCGUUAUCAGAAUUUGCAUGUGCCAGUGAAGUUGAUGGAGUGUUUUCUAAGGGUUGCUGAGGCAAACACUAAAAGAAGUUUAGAAACAUGUGGGGUUCUUGCUGGUACCCUGAAAAAGAGAACUUUUUAUGUGACAACCUUAAUAAUCCCAAAGCAGAAAUCUACAUCUGAUUCGUGUGAAGCUACAAAUGAAGAAGAACUAUUUGAAGUUCAGGACAAUGGCUCACUUUUCACUCUUGGUUGGAUUCAUACACAUCCAACACAGUCCUGUUUUCUGUCUUCCAUUGAUCUCCACAAUCAUUAUUCGUAUCAGGUCAUGCUACCUGAGGCAAUUGCAAUAGUUAUGGCACCUACCGACACAAGAAAAAAACAUGGUAUAUUUCAUCUAACGGAUCCGGGUGGUAUCGGUGUGAUUCAUGAUUGCCCGGAGAGGGGAUUCCAUCCACAUAAGGCGCCUCUAGAUGGCUCACCAAUCUACGAGCACUGCUCCCAUGUGUACAUGAAUGCUGAUACAAAGUUUAAUAUGAUUGACCUCCGAGAACGGUGAGAGAUAUGAACUUCAUUAUAUGAUAGUUUGAAGGCUAUACUUCCGGCAGUUGAACAAAUUGUCUGCCUUUAUUCUUAUACUGUGCUGAAGACGAAUUGUGGAUUCUGAUGUAAGUGAUUGUACAUAGCUAUUGCAUGUAUAGAAAUAUCUGCUGUUGAAAAUCA